CCUGUGCUUUCAGAUACCAACUCUCUUACACUUCUCUCUCUCUCUUCUCUCUUUCUCUCUCUAGAACCCAUUAUUAUGGGUUUCCGUAUAAAUUUUGUCAGAAAAACAAUAGCUGCCAUAAAGGCAGCAUAGUUGCAGCAGCAGAUGCAACAGUCUUUGCAGUCAUAAUAUAGUGCACAACACACACAAACACCUCCCAUCUCCUAUCUCUUUUUAGAGCAAGAAAUCCCCAAGGUUUUUCAUCUUUCAUUUUAUGUUUGUUAUCCAAAGAAGAGAUUUACGUGAUUCAAGAUGAUGAGUACAGAAGGUGGUGGUGGAAGUGUACGGAGUAACAAUGGCGGCAGGUUUCCAUUCACACCAAGUCAAUGGCAAGAACUCGAACACCAAGCACUCGUCUACAAAUACAUGAUUUCCGGUAUGCCAAUUCCUCCCGAUCUUCUUUUCACCAUCAAGAAAAGUCUCGAAUCUUCUACGAAGCUCAUCCUUCACCACCACCAGCCACCUCAUCCUUCAAUUGGGUGGAACUGUUUUCAAAUGGGUUUUGGAAGAAAGAUAGAUCCAGAGCCAGGAAGAUGUAGAAGAACAGAUGGUAAAAAAUGGCGAUGUUCUAAAGAAGCUUAUCCUGAUUCCAAAUACUGUGAAAGGCACAUGCAUAGAGGCAGAAACCGUUCAAGAAAGCCUGUGGAAGUCAACUUGUCAACUCAUCCCAAUUCCAAAACAACACCAACACCAACACCUAUUCCAAUGAUCUCUUCCAAAUCCCCAAACUACCCUUCUCCCAACUCACAUCCACUUUCUUCUUAUUCUAGAUCUAUGGGGAGUAAUGUUUUGUCGUCUCAAGAUCACUUCUUGUUGGAAUCUAACCCAUACAGAAAAAGUUAUGGGGGGAUGAAAGAGGAGAUAGAUGAGCAUUCAUUCUUCUCGGAAUCUUCAGGAACAAUCAAGAGUAGUGAUUCGUGGCAAUUGGAACCACUUGCUAUCAACAAUUCAAACUCAUCAUUGGCUCACUUAAAGCAGCAAACAAGUUUUUCUGAUUAUCAUCAAAAUGGAUACUUGCAAUAUCAACAAGAUCAACAUCAAGAUCAGAGUAGUUAUUAUAAUCAUCAUCAAAUGGGGUUGAAAAUUGGGAGAAAAGAUGAACCACAGAAAGUCAUGCAUCAUUUUUUUGAUGAAUGGCCACCAAAUGACGAAAAUAACCAAGAUUCUUCCACGACUCAGCUCUCGAUCUCGAUUCCAAGUUCUGCUCAUGACUUUUUCCUGACCCAUAAUGAUAAAUAAGUGUGAUGGAUUGUUGAAUAGAGGCUAAAGAAGUGUUAACAAUAGUAGUUGGUUAGUUUUUCGAUGUGUGUGUUGUUACCUUGAAACAGUGUCAAGUAAUGAGAACUUUUGCUGUUUUUUUUAUUUAAUUAGUUUUUUAGUUGGUUUUGUCUUGUUUUGAUAAUGUGGGGUCAAUCAAAACUCUGAAAAUUUUGCAGCAUAUUUUGUAUGUUUGCAGAAGUAGAUUGACAUCUUCUUCAACAUCUUUUUGGUU